AUGAAUCAAAAACAACAUAUUGAGACAAUUGUCUCAAAGCAAUCAAAUCAAGCUCGGCGUGAUUACAGAACUUGUUUGACUACAACAACUGAUUGUGUUUGGUUUCUCUUACGACAAGGAAUUUUAUUUCGUGGCAGCAAUGAAUCUGAGGACUCACGAAAUCAAGGUAACUUUCUUGAAGUUUUGAAGUUUUUAUCCAAUCACAACAGUGAAAUUAAAGUUUCCACAUUAAAGCAUGCUCUUGAAAAUCUCAAACUAACAUCACCUAAGAUUCAAAAGGAUAUUACGAAUGCUUUUGUUGUUGAAACUAUCAAUACCAUUAUCAAAGAUAUUGAAGAUGGAUUAUUUUCUAUUAUUUUUUAUGAAUCUCACAAUGCUUCCAUGAAAAAGCAAAUGACUAUUGUAUUACGCUGUGUGGAUAAAAAUGGUCGUGCAAUUGAGCGUUUAAUUGGUGUUGAACAUGUUACUAGUACCAUAACUCUUGCACUUAAGACUGCAAUUGAUAGAUUAUUUUCAAGACAUGGAUUAAGUAUAUCUAGAUUGUGGGGACGAGGUUAUGAUGGAGCUAGUAAUAUACAAGGUGAAUUCAAUGGUCUUAAAACUCUUAUUCUGAAUGAAAAUCCAUGUGCAUUUUAUAUUCAUUGUUUUGCUCAUCAACUUCAAGCAGCUCUUGUAGCUAUUGCAAAAAAGCAUUACAAAAUUGCAUCUUUCUUUGGUGUGAUUACUAAUGUGUUCAAUGUUGUUGGAGCCUUUUACAAAUGUUCUGACAUUCUUCAAGAGAAACAAGAUGCAAUAGUUGUUGAAGCACUUCAAAAUGGAGAGAUUACAAGUGGUAAAGGCUUGAAUCAACAAACUAGACUCAAACAUCCAAGAGAUACAAGUUGGGGAUCACAUUAUGGUACGUUAGUAAGUUUGAUUACUAUGUUUUCAUCCACAACUGAUGUUCUUGAAGAAUUCGUUGAUAGUGGAUCAUAUUCUGAUCAGAAAUGUGAGGCAAAGAAUUUAAUUAGAGUCCAUACAAUCAUUUCAAUUUGUUUUUUUGCCUAUAUUUGA